CAUUUCUACAUUAAUAAUUGUCUUCGGUAGUUAUAACUGUGUACAUUUCUUAUCCGCCGAGUUCGUUUUCUUUACAAUGACUGAGUAACUAUUAUCAUUUCGAUGGGUACUUGACGUUUACACAAAGACAGUCUUUAAACGACAAACACAGGAACUAUUACUGAAUAAACAUAAUCAAACGACCAAUCGCAGCAUUUAGAUAAUGCGAAGUAUGUAUUAGGUUCGUAUCUGGUCUAAAUGAUUGACUGACGACGGUAUUGUCUCAAUGGUGCUACGGUGCGUUGAUACGGGGUGCGCUAACGCAGGGCAGCCGCUGAUAAUAGAUUAAAACGUCCAGUAUCAUUUGAUCCUUUGUCGUAGGAGGAUCUCUCGCGAUAGUACGUUUUUAAUUUAAUCAACUCGCCGUCUUCCGCCGUUAAUAACUUCAGCCAGUGUCUAUAUAUCAUACAAUGAAAAACAAGAUAUUCAAAGAUUUAUUUGUGUAUUAUCAAGUGAUGUAAAGAUUCUAAAACGGAUAAUUUUGCAGUGAUUAGAAUGAGGAUCAUGUACAAGAUGUACAGAAUAAACGAGAUAUUAUUUAUGUUGGCACUGUAUUGUGCAACAACAUGUAGCAAAGGAAUGACUGAAAUCGAAGCUCUGGGAGCAAAACCAAAUCACUGCACCUAUGAAUAUGCCUACGACAUGUACGGAGCUCACUGCGCCGAUCUCAGACUCUCAAAGAUACCGAGCCUUAGAAGUGGCAUUGAGAUCUUGGACUUCAGCGACAACAAGCUGCAAGAAUUAACAGGAGAUACGUUGUCAAGUUAUACUAGUAUAAAAUUCUUGUAUUUAGCAGAUAAUCAAAUCUAUCUCAUAGAAGAUGAUGCGCUCAGUAGUCUAACCGACUUACAGACGUUGGAUCUCUCAAAUAACGUAAUUUUGGAAUUACCAAAAAAGAUUUUUCAGUUGCCUUCUCUAAGAAAACUGUAUCUAAGAGGAAAUCCAUUGAUUCAUAUGGGUUUGAAUGAUCUGGUUUCAUUCCAGCCGGUGAAAGCGCCUUUAGAAUUGCUAGAUCUGUCAAAUUGUAGGAUUAAAGUACUUCCGAAAUGGGGAAUUCUUUCUCAGCUAAUAUUUUACAACAUUUCACACAAUCCUUUGAUUUCUAUAGACCCGCAUCACUUUUCUAGCAUGUGUAAUCUAGGAAAAGUCGAUAUAACAGAUUCUAUAGACAAUAUUAAAAUUUGUGAUCUUAAGCCCACGAUAAUGUGGUUUCAAAAUAAAUCUGUUUACUUUGAACUCGCAGAUUAUUCUAGGUUAAAUUCUGGAGAAUACGAAUCGUGUCCUGUCUUAAAUGGCACUCAUAUGAAUAUCAAUAACGCAACAUUCAAUCUAUGUAAAGCGGAACUACUACAGGUACAAAACAUUAAAGCGGCACGAAAAACAUGGCUUACUAUCAGUGGCAGUCUUUUCGGAUUCCUCGUCGGCUUCAUAUUGUUACUCUACAUAAUGCAUCGACACAAUGUGGCGCAAACCAAGAAGCCGUCACCGGAAAAGCUUAAAGAGACAAAAAAACCCUCGGGCGAUGCGGACAAACGUGCCACAGUUGUGCUGUUAGAUAACAUGUCAUAGUGUCAAAUAAUACUUGAUAAAUACUGCUUUAUGCAAUUUUAAACUAUCUCGAUCCAAUUUUUUUUAACAUUUUAUCAUAAGGCUUACAUUAUUUGAUACGGUUUCUAAAGUGAAAGCAGUGGAAUAAAACAGCUUCAGCUUUGGAAAAAUCACACAAGUUUGAUGAAAAACGCGGUUUAUUUAAACGGUUAACUGCCCUACAAAUUGAAAUAGGGUUGUCGUCAUUAUUGUGUUUUAAUAUAAUUUAUUUUUCUGUGAAUUUAAAAAAAUUAGUAAAGUAGUUAAGUAAAUUAGUAAUUAGUAAAGUAUUUAUGUCUAAAAUCUUGCAAUAUAAUUUAGGUUGCAGAGUAGAACUAACAUAAUAUGAUUUGAGUAUCAAAAUUGAUAUGCAUAUAUUGUACUAGAUUAUUAUUGUAAUGUUUUUUUUUUUAUAUAAAUAGAUAGAGGCUGCUAAAGGCUGACUAAAAUUUAACACAUAUUAAUAAGUACUAUAUCCCUAACACAUUGUGAGUCUUGUUAAUCAACAAAAACUAAUUGGGUAGAUACAUUUUAUAUAUUACGAUUUCUCCCAAAGGCUUUGCAAAAAAAUUAAUUUAUUUUAAUUGACAUUAAGCAUAGUACGUAACAAGGAUCUAUUAGUUAAGCUUUUAAUUUGAUAUUAAAAUAGUUGAAGUAGAAAUUACCAAAGAUAUAGGGUAUUGUAUUUUUGCGCUAAUUAUUCGGUUUGUGAUCUCCAUAUAUUAUCGCAUUAUCAUAAUCAGCAUUUUAUAUCUUCCCAAACUUAAACUUCGAAAUCAAUAAUAAUAAAUGUUGCGUUGUGCGUUUUUUAGAGAAUUCGCAUCUCUUAAGAAAUAGAGAGAACAAAAUAUGUUUAAUUGUAUAAAAAAAUGAGCCGGACACCAUACUUACUGUUUACUACCAGUACACUUUUAAUUUGGAUGACUAUUCUGUUUUGAUUAGAUUUUUCUUCGAUGUUUUCCAUUUCCGUUGUACCAGAAUCCAACAUGCUGUAGUACGAUCGUUUUUGGGGAAAUUUAAUUUCUACCAUUUGUUUUUUUUAUUGCCACAUUAUAGGCAAACGAUACCUAUUCGUAAGUGAUCACCGUCGCUGACAGUCGUGUCAAUUGCGAAAUUAUCUAAAGUGACCCUGAGCAAAACACAUUUCGAAUUGCUACCUAGAAUAAAACAGCCGAGCAGGGUAGCGCGGCUUAGGAAAGGUUUUCAUGUUUAAGUUUCAUUCCACCUUUUUCAGUCGUAUUGGUGUAUUGGGUUGAUAACUACCCACAUCUAGUAGAUUUUACAUCCUCUUAUGUGGGUUUCCUGUUUUUAGGUCGGAUUUAUACGCGUAUAUAUUAUUUACCGCUGCAUGCCUCUCAUGUCGUGUAAUCAGAGUAAUUUACAUUACUUUUUUAUUUAUUACGACAGCAAAUUCGCAAAGCUACGACGGUGCUACAAAAAAUUAUAUAUUCAUUUAACUUUGUAAUUUUGUAACAUACUACAUUAUUAACAGUUCUGUUAUCUAGUUAAGUUUUUUUUAUAUGCACAACUGCUUUUGUAAUGCAGAAUUUUGUUUUACUGAUGAAAAGUUAUUUAGGAAUUUUAUAAUAUUUUCUUAUGAAAAUGAAUCCUGUUUUUUUUAAGGUUGCCAUGAAAGAGAGAGUAUUAAAACUAUUAUAGUGAUUAUGUUUUUCUACCAUGUAAUAAUAUAAGUAAAUUAUUAUAUUUAAAAAAAAGCUAUAUUUAACU